AUGUCGGCGUUAUUAAGAACAGUUCCCCGUUUCACUAGAACAUCUUUAGUUACUAGUCAAUUGAGAUUGCAAUUGAGAGGUUAUGCAUCUUCAUAUCCUCCACAUACCAUUAUUGGAAUGCCUGCUUUGUCACCCACAAUGUCUCAAGGUAAUCUUGCUGCCUGGACUAAGAAAAUAGGUGAUCAAUUGGCCCCCGGUGAGGUUAUUGCUGAAAUCGAAACAGAUAAGGCUCAAAUGGAUUUUGAAUUUCAGGAUGAUGGUUACUUGGCUAAGAUCCUUGUACCGGAAGGAACCAAGGAUAUCCCUGUAAACAAGCCAAUUGCUGUUUAUGUCGAGGAUGCGGCUGAUGUUCCAGCAUUCAAAGACUUCACUGUCAAGGAUUCUAAGUCUACUCCAGCAUCAGAAUCUGUUAAGGAAGAAUCAGGACCAGCAACUAAAUCUGCUCCUGAGACUUCUCCAAAGGUGGCCAAACCUGAUUCAGGUUCUUCAAAGAAGGAUGUCUCUACUUCCACCGUAUCUCAUGCAGGUAGAGUUUUCGCUUCCCCAUUGGCAAAAACAUUAGCUUUGGAACAUGGUAUUGCUUUAAAGAACGUUACAGGUACUGGUCCAAAUGGAAGAAUUAUCAAGAACGAUAUCGAAAAAUUCUUGGAAACGCAACAAGAAUCAUCUUCUGCUACCUCAUCAUCUACUGGUGCUACCGUCACACAAGCAGCUCCAACACCUGUCCCAACUCCAUCCGUAUCAGCUGCAGCCUCUUAUGAAGAUGUUCCAAUUACUACAAUGAGACAAAUUAUUGCAGAUCGUCUACUACAAUCAACAAAUACAACCCCUUCAUAUAUUGUUUCAUCUGAUAUCUCUGUUUCUAAGCUGUUGAAAUUAAGACAAUCUCUAAAUGCAACUGCCCAAGAGAAGUAUAAGAUAUCCAUCAAUGAUAUCCUGAUUAAAGCCAUUACUGUCGCAGCCAAAAGGGUUCCAGAUGCCAACUCGUACUGGUUAGCCAACGAAAAGGUUAUAAGAAAAUUUAAGAAUGUUGAUGUUUCAGUUGCGGUUGCUACUCCAACAGGUCUACUAACUCCAAUCGUAAAGAAUGCGGAAUCCAAAGGGUUGGUUGAGAUUUCUAAUGAAGUUAAAGAAUUAGCUAAACGUGCAAAGAUUAAUAAACUAGCCCCUGAAGAAUUCCAAGGUGGUACCAUAUGUAUAUCUAAUCUAGGUAUGAAUUCUGCCGUAUCUAUGUUCACUUCAAUUAUCAACUUACCACAGUCAACCAUUUUAGCAAUUGCUACCAUUAAGAAAGUUGCUAUCCCAGACGCCACUGCUGAGCACGGCUUCUCAUUUGAUGAUCAAGUCACCAUCACUGGGACAUUCGAUCAUAGAACCAUAGAUGGUGCUAAAGGGGGUGAUUUUAUGAAGGAAUUGAAACAAGUUAUUGAAAACCCACUAGAGCUAUUGCUAUGA